CUCUCUCCCUCUCUCUCUCUCUCUCUCGCAGACCAAACCACAAACACAAGAUGGGCAGCCUCCACACCGACGCUCUCGAAACCAACAACUCAACAUCCGCACUCAACCCACUCGACCCCGACGAAUUCCGCAAACAAGGCCACAUGAUAAUCGAUUUCCUUGCCGACUACUACCGCGACAUCGAAAAAUACCCCGUCCGCAGCCAAGUCGAACCCGGCUACCUCCACAAACUCCUCCCCGACUCCGCUCCCAACAAUCCCGAACCCCUCGAUUCCAUUCUCCAAGACAUCCAAACCUCCAUUAUCCCCGGCCUCACCCACUGGCAAAGCCCCAACUACUUCGCCUACUUCCCUUCCAGCGGCAGCACCGCCGGUUUUCUUGGCGAAAUGCUCAGCACCGGUUUCAACAUCGUCGGCUUUAACUGGAUGUCCUCCCCCGCCGCCACCGAACUCGAAAGCAUUGUAAUGGACUGGCUCGGCAAAAUGCUCAAACUCCCAAAACCAUUCCUCUUCUCCGGCAACGGUGGUGGCGUGUUACAAGGCACCACCUGCGAGGCGAUCUUAUGCACUGUCACCGCCGCUCGUGAUCGAAUGCUUAACAAAAUCGGUAGAGAUCACAUCGGACGGCUUGUAGUGUACGGUUCAGAUCAAACCCAUUGCGCACUUCAAAAAGCAGCUCAGAUCGCCGGAAUCCACCCAGCCAAUUUCCGCGCCGUACGGACUUCAAGAUCUACGUCCUUCGCUCUCUCCCCCGACGCGCUCCGAUCUGCGAUCGCAGACGAUAUUGCAAAUGGAUUAGUUCCACUUUUCCUCUGCGCGACGGUGGGGACCACCUCAUCGACUGCUACGGACCCGAUCGGGCCGUUAUCGGAUGUCGCGAGAGAUUUCGGGAUAUGGGUCCAUGUCGAUGCGGCGUACGCCGGCAGCGCGUGUAUCUGCCCGGAAUUCCGGCACUUCAUUGAUGGAGUGGACGGUGCAGAUUCAUUCAGUCUCAAUGCACACAAAUGGUUCUUUACAACCCUUGAUUGCUGUUGCCUUUGGGUAAAAGACCCAAAUGCCCUUGUCAAAGCUCUUUCUACAAACCCAGAGUAUUUGAAAAACAAGGCUACUGAUUCAAAACAGGUGGUGGAUUAUAAAGAUUGGCAGAUCGCUCUCAGCCGUCGAUUCCGAUCCAUGAAGCUAUGGAUGGUACUUCGUAGCUAUGGUGUGGCCAAUCUACGUAAUUUCUUAAGGAGCCAUGUCAAGAUGGCUAAGACAUUUGAAGGGUUUGUAGCGAUGGACCCGAGAUUUGAGAUAGUGGUCCCUAGAACAUUCGCGAUGGUCUGUUUCCGUCUACUGCCAGCAUCGAUGGACGGUCGUGAUGCCGCGAUUGACAAUGGGUCGGAGUUGGACCGUGCGAAUGAGCUGAAUCGGAAGUUGUUGGAGGGUAUGAACGCGGCGGGCCGUCUGUACAUGACUCAUGCUGUGGUGGGUGGGAUUUAUAUGAUAAGGUUCGCCGUUGGUGCGACGCUUACUGAGGAACGGCACGUGAAUUUGGCGUGGAAGGUGGUGCAGGAGCAUGCGGAUGCGCUGGUGGGUGCGAUGGAUGGUGGAGAUCUGAAGCAUUGAUCGACGGUGGAGAUGAUAUCUGAUGAGGGUGAUAAAGAUCAAGGAAAGUACUCGUAAUUAUAAGUAUCUAAUCGUUAUUUUAAAUUAUGGUGGAUUUGUUUAUAGUGUAAUAACCUUUGUUGGCAACGAUUUCAUUUUUGGAAUGAAUGAAUUUUGUUGGAAGUAA